GUUGGAUUAGUGGCUAUAAAUAAAAACGGUUGUUGAUUACACUCCUGACCAUUCAUCUUGUACUUUAUUUGUGUCCAAUCCUUCAGCUUUUUAUGGAUUGUCUAGAAAUAGGGAGCCCGAAUUCGAGCAUUCUAAGUAAUUUUUCCUAAUAUUCAUUACUAUUGGAAGGGAGAGAUUAAAGAUCUCAGAGCUCUUUUGUGAAGAUUUGGAAUGGGAGAAAGAGAAGACAAAGUAGAGAAGCAUGACGGUGCAGCAAAAGUUGAAGAUGAGGAGAAGAAGAACAAGGAGAAGAAGAAAGAUAAGCAAGAAGAUGAAGGUGAGAAAGGAGAAAAAAGUGGUGAUAAAGAAAAGAAGAAGAAAGACAAGGGGGAUAAGGAUAAGAAGGAUGGAAAAGAGAAGGAGAAGAAUCCUCAAGACAAAAAAGACCCCACAAAAUUGAAGCAAAAAUUGGAGAAGAUUGAUGCAAAGAUACAAGCAAUGGUUGCUAAAAAGGAAGAAAUUCUCAAGCUGCUUAAUGAAGCUGAGAAGAGUCCAGCGAAUCCCAGUGGAGAAAAUACCAAAUAUUAGUAAAAACGUUACAAGUCUAAUAACCAAUCAUGUAUUAAGUUAAAUAGAGUAUAUCACUUAACUUUACCUUUUUCCAUGAUAUGUUUUAGUCACGAGUCAUUUGUUAAGAAAAUACAAACUGAGACACUAAAACGUUACUAAAAUACUUAAAUAAGACUUGCUAUAUUUAUUUUCCCUAGUAGGACCGUAUUUGUCUUUUUUUGAAAC